AGGUUCCAGAAACGGGCGGCUGAAGCAUUAGCUAAUGGGGCUGUGUCGCUGUCCAUUUGAACAAGACAAAACCACGGCUCAGGCUACUCCCUUCAAAGACUGCAAUUCUCGCACAUGGGCUAAAGGAGGACAUAGCAAUAAGCUAAUGCACGGAUAAUAGGAAGCCAUCUACGUAGUUUGCUCAGUAACUGGAAUAAUUAUGAAUAGGUUGAUUAUUUUAGAUAGCAUUUUUUAAACCGAACAGAAUAUUGACUUGAAAAUAUUUGCUGCUAGCUAGCUAACUUGCUAACUUAGCUACCAGUACUGGCGAGCCAAUCAGCCAGUUAAAUACUUCGUGUGGUCUUUCAGCACCCUGGUAGAACAGUUUUUUUGUCAGGUCGGAGUAAAUCGGCAUAGGAAAAUGGACGGAGGCAUUUCAGUGAUCACCAACCCCACGGUGUCGGUGCGUCUUACCAGCACCCUCAGUUCGUUCGAGGUGAAUCGUCGGUUCAACCGAGGCAUCACCAUCGCGGAGUUUAAGAGCAAGCUGGAGCUGGUGGUGGGGACUCCAGCCUCCUGCAUGGAUCUGCAGUUGUUCAGCACUUCAGACAAGUUCAUGCAGAAGCUGGAGGACAACGAGGCCCUGCUUGGCUCCUACCCUGUGGAUGACGACUGCCGGAUACAUGUGAUUGACCGGAGCGGGGCCCAAAGUGGGGAGUUCAGUGAUCUUUCCAAGGUGGAGAAAUACGAGAUAACGGACGAGGCCUACGAAAAGAGGACAGACUCGGUACGCUCUUUCAUGAAGAAAAAGAAGGUGGGCCGCUUCAAUGAGGAGGAGGCAGCGCAGCAGGCAUCAGAGCAAGCAGAGCGGGAGGCGAAAGAGGAGGCCGCCGCUGCUGCCAUCGCCGUGGGCAGCCGCUGCCAGGUGCAAGUCACCGGGCAACCUACCAAGAUUGGCACGGUGAUGUAUGUCGGCACGACAGAGUUUAAACCAGGUUACUGGGUGGGAGUGAAGUACGAUGAACCACUGGGCAAGAAUGAUGGCAGUGUGAACGGGAAGCGCUACUUUGAGUGCCAGCCCAAGUACGGCGCUUUUGUGAAGCCACUGUCGGUCACAGUUGGGGAUUUCCCAGAGGAAGACUAUGGUCUGGACGAGAUGUAGGACUGACGCAGCUGUGAGGCAAGAAGAGGAGGCAAAGACCCAA